GAGGUGUCGUCCGGGUGGGAGGAGUCUCAGCCUGAGAUAGAAUACCAGCAUAAGCCACCGCCACUGGCAUUGACUUUAAUGGUCUUAAACCUGAGGGGAACACUUGUCAGAGGGGAGGAGGUUACCAAAAGUAUUGUUGAUCAUGGAUCCAAACACGAGUGGACUUUCCCAGAAGCUGGCAGAAGCUGGCCAGUCUCAUCUCCUGCAGUUCUGGAAUGAGCUGAGCCCUGAAGAGCAAGCUGACCUGACCCGUGAAAUGCAGGGGAUGAACUUUCAGGAGAUCAAUGGAUUCUUCAAGAGCGCCAUGGAGACGUCCAGCAGCAAACAGGAGAAGAUGGACACCCGCAUGGAGCCGGUGCCCCGAGAGGUGCUGGGGAGCGUGACGAGGGACAGGGAGAAUCUUAAAGACUGGGAGCUGGCAGGUCUGCACUGCAUCUCUCAGAGCAAAGUAGCAGUACUGCUGCUGGCUGGUGGCCAGGGAACCAGACUGGGGGUCUCUUACCCCAAAGGCAUGUACGACGUGGGGCUGCCGUCCCACAAAACACUCUUUCAGAUCCAGGCUGAACGCAUACUGAAGCUGCAACAGCUGGCUGAGCAGAAACACAAAAUCAAGUGCUGUAUUCCUUGGUACAUCAUGACCAGCGGCAGGACAAUGGGCCCCACCAAGGACUACUUUUUAAAACACAACUAUUUUGGUUUAGACAAGGACAGCAUCGUAUUCUUCACACAGGGCAUGCUACCAGCCAUGGACUACAAUGGCAAGAUCAUCCUGGAGAACAAAGGAAAGCUCUCCAUGGCUCCCGAUGGGAAUGGGGGUCUCUACAGGGCCUUGGGGAACCAGGGCAUCACGGACGACAUGGAGAGGAGGGGGGUUGAGUUCAUCCACGUGUAUUGUGUUGAUAACGUCCUGGUCAAAGUGGCAGACCCAGCUUUUGUUGGAUUCUGUGUGCAGAAGGGAGCGGACUGUGGAGCUAAGGUGGUGGAGAAAACCAAUCCAACAGAGGCAGUGGGUGUAGUCUGCAAGGUGGAUGGACGUUAUCAGGUGGUGGAGUACAGCGAAAUUACUCUGGCAACCGCUGAGAAGCGCAGCGCUGACGGCCGACUGAUGUUCAACGCAGGGAAUGUGGCCAAUCACUUCUUUAGCUUCUCUUUCCUCAAAGACAUUGUUAAGAAGUACGAGCCACAGCUGCAGCACCACGUGGCCCAGAAGAAGAUACCACAUGUGGAUGCACAGGGUCAACUAAUCAAACCAGAAAAACCAAAUGGGAUUAAAAUGGAAAAGUUUGUCUUUGACAUCUUCCAGUUUGCAAAGACGUUCGUUGUCUUCGAGGUGCUGCGGGAGGAUGAGUUCUCCCCUCUGAAGAAUGCAGACAGUCAGGAUGGGAAGGACACUCCCACCACCGCUAGACACACCCUCAUGUCCCUUCACCAUCGCUGGGUGCUCAACGCUGGGGGCCACUUCAUCGACGAGAACGGCAGACGUGUCCCCGCUAUACCGAGCCUGAAGGAUGGAACAGACCUGCCAAUCAAAUGUGAGAUUUCCCCUCUGGUGUCCUAUGGGGGAGAGGGCCUUGAAGACUUGGUGAAAGGACGUGAGUUCCAGGCAACCCUGAUGAUCGACGAGAAGGGGGUCCACGAGCUGGUGAAGAAUGGAGUUUAGACAAUGAAGUAAAGAGAGUGAGAGAUGGAGGGACAAUCCAAAGAACCACCUCCCUUUGUCUCUCCAUGUAUGCAGGGAGAAACUGUGAUGUCAUCGCUGUGCAAUAACAAAUGUGGCGUGCAUGUGUUCAUGAAAGAGGCUGUACUGUCCAAAUGAGCGAGCAAGAUGAAGUGUAUUGUUUACUACUCAGCACCAAGUUUUCUUUGCUCUGUAUGUCAAUGUCAUAAUUAGUUCAUAUUUGUGUUGAGUCACUUGAACACAGCAUUAGAUGAAGGACGAAGUCUCUGUCAUACUGACCGAGUGAAGCAGGUGCUUCUAUUUAUUUUGCCUGAGACUUAUUUUUUAUGUACUGAUAGCUGCAUAAUAGGUGGAAUUUACCAUCUACUUAUUUUAUCCUGUAAUUUUAUACAAUAUUAGACAGAGCGGAAAUAAUCUGAAAGAUUUUCUUACUCGCUAAUAAUCAAAGUACAUGGUACUGGCUAUGGGGGGGUAUUUAUAAUAUCUGCUUCUUUUCUGUUUGUAAUCAUUAAAGAUGAGGUAUUAUUAAGCUUCAA